GCGGGAAUCGCCCGCCAUUGCGAUCUGAUAAGCGAUCUGCGGUUCGACGUGAUUUAUUUACUGGCCAUGCUAUCGGUUAUGCUAAAUCUAAGGUCUAUAUUGCUUUUUCUGACAUUUCUGUGCCUUUCUGGAGGUAUGCCGCUGUGGUGUUCUACUUCUUCGAAAUACAUAUCUAGACCAUCUUCAUUGCUCCAUGCAAAUCUAUUAUCCGGGUGGAGUCGCAGUCUUUUUCACCAUCGGAAUGCAGCUUCGGGUGAUGCGCCCGAGAAUCGACGCUUAUAUACCCUAUGCCCACGUUGGAUGCAUGGAUCUGUUCCAUACUGUUCUUUGAUAAGAAUGCUCAUUUGCAUGUUAAAGGCUAAUUCGAAGCACCCUAGUUCUCACUGCAGGCAAACCAAAGACUGCUUUCGCUGAAUGAAUGGCAUUAACUCGUUCUGUAUACAUAAACUCUUGCGUCUCAUAACCUAGGGUGCAGGGAAUCCAAUAACGUGUUCAAUUACGAAUAAUAAAGCUCAA